UCAGGAGCAAAGAUAUAAACAAUAUGGAGACCGGUGAAACGCCGAAAGUGUUUGACCGCAAUUUAUGCCCAAUAUCCUGCUGUUUAAAGAGUAUUUUACUCUCAGGCAAUAUGAUAAGAUACAUGAAUGUGUCAAAAUUGAUGUAUGCAGAUCUUAGUUCCAAUUUAGAUAUGAAGACUGGUGGAUUUCCAUUAUUCCUUAGUAAAGAUGUGUUUGCCAGUUGUAACUUGACACAGAAUAAUGUACAAAGAAUCCAUGCUCGGUAUAGUAAAGAAGGACUAGCAACCAAAGUUACUUUUGAUGAUUUCAGAAUCGAUGGAAUGACACAAAACAAGGUCUGGUUUUAUAACAUCCAAGGUCUGUUCCAAGUCAUUUUCUAUUACUUCAAGAAAGAUGUCCAGAAAGAUUGUCUAAAGAUUUUAACAAACAUUUGGUUACAUCAUAAUGAAAAUCCUGUGUUAUCAGAAACAAUGGCAGUCAAGUUGGAUGAGGAAUCAGCCAGAAUAAACUUAUCAUUACUCGGACCAGCAUGGACGGAUAUAGAGUUAGUAAAUAAACAUUCCUCUGACGGGAAUACACAUUGUACAUUAAAUACACAUUUAAAUAAAAAAUUCUCAAUUCAGCAUAGCACUGAAAAUACAACGGGAUCACAAAAACAUCUGGAGCAUCUGAAUUCCAAGAGUGUCCAAGUCAUACCAGAUCAUGAACAUAAAACUAAUGAUACCAAUGACUUACAUUAUAGGAAAGGUUGUUCAAGUUCACAAAUAAUUCACAUUUCUUCUGGACAUUCAGACAAAAGAAAACAUACCUCAACCAAGGCUGAAGAGAUUUAUUUGAACAUGUCAACCCAGACUGAAAAGAUUAAUUCAAACAUGUCAACUCAGACUGAAGAUAUUUGUUUUAGCAUGUCAACAGAGCAUGGCAACAUAUAUUCAACCAUGUCAACACAGACUGAAGAGAUUUAUUCAAUUAUGUCAACAGGCAUUGUAGAGAUGUAUGCAGACAAUCUGAGGCAAACAAAUACUACAACAGUACAAACAGAUGGAAUAUCUGUAAUCUUAGAAAAUGAAAGCAGCUAUAACAUAGAAGAGGAGGAAAGUAUCUCGACACAUCCUUGUGUUAUCACAAAUAAUAGCAAACAAAAAACUAGUAUGGAAUUAAAAAGGACUAAAAAUCACUGUGAGCAAACUAGUGAAUUAACCAAUGACCAUCAACAAGGUAUUAAUUCACAGACAGAAAAUAAAAGUCCUGUGGUGAGAUGUCCAUAUUGUGUUUAUUUAAUUCAAGAAAAUACAAAACUGAAUCCUGAUUUAACAAAUUGUUUAAUUAAAUUAAAUCAGUUUCUUAUGUUCAUGUAUUCAGAGACAGACAAGGACUUUUUAACAUUAUUCUGUGAUGUAAUUUGUCUGUUCCUUGAUCAUUAUCCAAAGAUUAUUUUACCUGUUACUUUCUCUACUGAAUUAUUAGAGGAGUUCAGAGGUUGUGACUUAGAUAUCAGUAAAAAUGCAAUUCAUGAUAAAUUUUUAAAUUUUAUUUGUAAAUAUGUUGGAAAAGAAUUGAAUCAGUUUGAUUGUCAGAUUUCUGAAAAUGUUGAAAAGUUUAAAGAAAAUCAUAUUAAAUGUAUUGAUAACUUGCCUCCACCUGAAGAAAUCAUUGAUGAUAUAUUUCCAUUGUGUAUGAAAGAACUUAUAGUUCAUUGGAUGAACCCACAGAUUCAGACUUGUGUAAAUAUAUCAGAACAAAAACGAUUUAAAUCUUCACCAGAAAUUUUACCAGAUUUCCAUAUAAUACAGUUAAUAUUAGAAUUUGUGAAUAAUUCAUUAAUAUCAGGGGUAGCACAUGUAGUUUAUUCUAGAAUCAGAUCAAUAAAGUAUUAAUUGAAGUGAGAAAAGAAAAUGUUUUUAUUUGCAUUUAGCUCUGUUUCCAAAAUAAUAUUUAGCUCAUUAUAAAGCUUUAUAUUUUAUAAGGUAAAACUCCUUAAUGCUUCACACCUUGUAUACACAUAGAUUUUGUCAUGAAGUUUCCUAGGUCAGAUAUGCAUUUUACUUGACAUCAUUUUCAUGGUUCAGUGAGUGCUUAAAAAAUUUAGUCCCUUGAAUUUCUUAUACAUUAUGUGUAAUAUGAUAACUAAACUUCAAAGAUGGGAUCCUUGCAAAGUCUAAAUGUCCGUAGGACAUGGUUCACCUGACCUUGACCUCAUUGCAUGAUCAGUCAUCAAGGAUGAAGUUAAGUGGUCAAGUCCAUAUUUCAGGUGCUAUUAGCAAUAGAUCAAAUUUAUUUGAUUUAAAAAUAAGAAGAUGUAGUAUGAUUGCCAAUGAGACAACUCUCCAGAUGAUAUCUGGAAUGAUUGUUAGGUGUAAAUGGCAGGUUUCCUCCUACCUACACCUCAUGUUUAUGGUGUGGUCUUUUUCUCAGAUACAAUAAGCAAUAGGUAAAUUAUAUUUGGCGUGUGCAAUAAUAGUAGGGUAAACAUGUCUGAAAGCUUCCCCUGACCUUGACCUCAUUAUCACGGUUUAAAAGUUUUCAGCUAUAGGUCAUUUACAUCUGUAAAUGACCUUUUAAUGAAUAUAUAUAGUUUGUUUGAUUAUAUUCUUAAUCUGUUUAUGUGUUUCUGACCUAGGAGUAUUAUUCAUCUUUAAACAGCAAAGAACUUCAAAAUAUUGAAAUUACUGUUAACUGUUCCUUUUGUCACACACAUUUUAAACUGAACUGCAAGGUCAUUACAGAACCCAGGAACAUUUUAGGACAUACAUCAUCUUUGACACAAUUCCUAGCUACCCACAAAAUAAUUUACAUUAAUAACAUUGUAUUUGAUGCCUUCAAACCGCUCAUCAUAUAUUUGAACUCUUUAUCCAUGAUAUACUGGAAAUGAAAACCUUAAACUUUAUUUUACAUUCAAUGGACUGCAUAUGCUAUUAAAAAUAUUUGACAUUUCAUAUAUUAUAAUUUUUCAACACAUUGUAAAAUUGUAUUUCAUUUUGUAUUUUCAGUUUUUUACCAUUUGUUAGAUUGGUUCUCGAUUAAAGUAUCAGCACCUAA